CCGCCUUCCCUUGAACGAGAACGGAAGUGACUCUGGAGGGAUAGCAACGGAGGCGGUUGCUAACGUAGGAUGCGGAGAGGGCGGAGGCGGACCGGAGGAGGAGGAGGAGGACUGGGCAGCUCUCAGUCAUGUCUGCUGCAGCUGACGAAACAUCAGAGGAUCUACCUGUGAGAGACAUAGGUCUAAAUCUCAUAGGGCUGCAAGAGCCAUCAGUGGUCCUAAAUGUCAAGGCUCGGCAUGGGAUUUCGCGAAUGAGUCGAGAGGAGCUGGAAGACCGAUACUUUCGCUUGCAUGAGGAAAACCUCUUACUUAAGCAACAUGCACAUAAACAAGAAGAUAAAAUUAAAAGAAUGGCCACCAAGUUAAUUCGGCUUGUUAACGACAAGAAGAAAGCUGAGCAGGUCGGUGGCGGCCCCAAGCGGCUGGGUCAGGACGUGGAGAUGGAGGAAGUGAUUGAGCAGCUGCAGGAGAAAGUUCGGGAACUGGAGAAGCAAAACGAAGCUGUCCGCAACAGGCUCAUUUCAACCAAGCAGCAGCUCCAGCUUCACGGCCCGCGGCACACGCCCUACAGUUAUGUCCAGGCGCGCAUUAACACAGGUCUCAAAAAAGCGGUGGAGGGUGUUGGCGUCCAGGAACGCGCAAAGAAAGGAAUGAGAAUGCAGGAUGUAGAAAUCCGAGCUUUGAAAUCUCCACAAGCGUUGCCCCCCAAGUAUGGACACAACUUACUUGAGGAAGCAAGAGCAGAGAUAAGAAACUUGGAGAAUGUGGUUGAGUCUCAACGGGCGCACAAUGAGGAGUUGGCGCAGGCAGUGGAAACGCUCAGAAGCGAAAUACGGAAGAAGGAAGAGGAGUUUGAAGCAGCUCUCCUGCAGCUGAAAGAGCAGCAGGCAACUGGCCAACGGUUAAGCAUUCGGGACAAUGUUGAAAUGAUCAAGCUCCACAAACAAUUGGUGGAGAAAAGCAAUGAAUUUGCAGCAAUGGAGGAAAGAUUUCUUCAGCUUCAGGAGAACCAAAAAAAUCUUAAAGCAAGCCACAAUGCACUCAUGGCAAAGGGGGAUGAACUCAAUUUGCAACUUAAAGAAGAACGUUCCAAGUGCCUCCACCUUGAGAGUGAGUUACAGGCCACAAAUUUUUCAAAGCGACGAUUAGAAGAGCUUCAAGAUAGAAUUAAUGAUUUGGAAAAAGAGAGGGACCUUUUAAAAGAAAACUAUGAUAAAUUAUACAACAGUGCCUUCGCCAUGACCCACGACCAGCAAUGGAAGUUAAAGGAGCAGCAGCUGAAUCUGCAGAUUGCUCAGCUUGAGGCUGCUUUAAAGUCGGAUUUAACAGAUAAAAACAACAUCUUGGCCAGAAUGAAAGCAGAACGAGAUCAAAACGAAAAGCUGGCCCAGGAGAACAAUGAGCUGCGGUUGCGCUAUCUAGAGCAGAAGCAACAGCUGGAUGACUUGAGGAACCGCAUGAAGUUUUUCACCAAGGAGAGUGACAUUGACAUGGCCGAACUCAGCGAGGCCCUCGUGCUUAUCAAGGUUCGUAGGCAGAAAGCAAGCGGCGACCUCAUGUUCUUGGAGAAAGUAGAAGAUGACAUCCAUAAAGACUUGGAACGUUCUAUGCGUGAGCUCCAGGCAACCCAUGCAGAAACUAUUCAAGAACUUGAAAAGACACGCAAUAUGUUAAUUGUACAGCAUAAAAUUAACAAAGACUAUCAGGCAGAGGUGGAAUCGGUGACACAGAAGAUGGAGGCUCUGAGGCAGGAUUACGAGGCAAAACUGGAACAAUAUGUCCAUCUUCUUGACGUUAGGGCUGCACGUAUCCGGAAACUGGAAGCCCAGCUGAAAGAUAUUGCUUAUGGUACCAAACAGUACAAAUUCAAACCAGAAAUCAUGCCGGAUGACCCAGUUGAUGAGUUUGAUGAAACUGCUCACCUGGAAAGAGGAGAAAACUUGUUUGAAAUUCACAUCAGCAGAGUAAUAUUUUCUGCAGAAGCUGCCAAGUCUUUUGGUGAUCAGGAGCCCACGACUUUCUGUACCUAUGCAUUCUAUGAUUUUGAACUACAGACAACUCCAGUCAUUCGUGGCCUUAGCCCAGCCUAUAAUUUUACUUCUCAGUAUCUCAUACGGGUGGAUGACUUCUUUUUGCAAUACAUGCAGAAAAACUCUUCCACGCUUGAGAUCCACCAUGCCUAUGGCUUGGACUUUGAAACAGCAGCAGCCUGCCAGCUGAGAUUCCAUGAAAUAUUGGAGAAGAAUGGCAGAAUCUACAGCUCAGCCAUGUUAGUUGGAGUUGGACGAAGUGUCCGAAACUAUGGCACUGUGGAAUACUGGGUCCGGUUAAGAGUUCCCAUGGACCAGGCAAUCAGGCUGUAUAAAGAGCGGGCAAAAGCCCUCGGAUACAUAACAACAAAUCUAAAGGACCAGCCAGUGCUCAGUCCUGCCCAAGUCAACACUUCAGCAGAUGGAAACUUAAAUGAGCUUCACAUUACAAUAAAAUGUUGUAGCAACCUGCAGUGCCGAAAAGGAAACCUCCAGCCAAAUCCAUAUGUUGUCUACAAGUUCUUUGAUUUUGCGGAUCACGAUACCGCCAUCAUUCCUAGCAGCAACCACCCAGAGUUUGCCGAUCAUAUGUGCUUCCCAGUGCCAAUGAAUGCAGACCUCAAUUGCUACCUAAAAUCUGAAUCCUUGAGUCUGUAUGUUUUUGAUGACAAUGAAACAGAAGAUGGAGUUUAUCUAGGAAAAGCAAACGUGCCUUUAAUUUCAUUAGCACACGACAGAUAUAUCUCUGGUACCUUUGAGCUAACGGACUAUAAAGGCCACUCCACUGGUACAGUUAGUGUUGAACUAAAAUGGAAGUUUGCCUACCUCCAGCCAGCUGGUUUGAUUGUUGCUGCAGACCUAGCAGAUUACAUCCAGAAUGAGAAACCAGUGAAGGGCCAAGGGGAAGGUCCCAUCCUGGCUCCUUCUUUCUCGUCAGCACCAAUGAGGCCACAGCCUAAGCCAAGACAGCGCCCAGCUGCAGCAGACAAGAAAGUAUCUUUUGUGGAGGUGCACACGCUUCCAAAUCCAAGUCCCAUUCCUGAAAAAGAAGAUCAAGAGACUGAGCAGAAAACUACAGAUGAAAGGCCCAAUGUUUCAAACAUUCCACAGCUCAUGCCAGAAACACAAGCGGACAAAAGAAUAGAAAAACCCACAGCCACAUUUCAGCAGGAACAGGAGGAUCUUUCUCAGAUCUCUGAAGGUCAGUUUGCCGACCAGAGCUCAGCUACUUCAGGAGAUGAAACCGAAAUUACUGAGGAACUGGAACCAGAAGACCAAGAUGAUAGACAGGCAACUGAUGCUGUUGAAUCAGUGACAGAUAGUGAUGACUGCAUUGUCCCAAGUUCAGUGUCCACAAGCUUUAAGCAGUCUGGUGAAAAAAUCCGGAUUGAAAUAGUAUCCCUCAGUCUCACGGAAUCCCAGGUUGCAAUGGAUGACACAAUAAAACGCCUGUUUGUAGAGUGCAAGUUCUCCAACUUCCCAGCAGAUGAAACACCAGUGUCGCUUCCAAAACCGAGAAGGGGACAAUGGGUCUACUACAAUUAUAGCCAUGUGAUACAUGUGGACCAGGCAAACAACAAAAUGAAGCGUGAUUUCCUCAAGGCCAUGCUUCAAGGAUCAGAGCCCAGCCCUGGAAGCAUACGAUUUACAGUAGUAAGUGACCCUCCAGAGGAUGAGCAAGAUCUUGAGUGUGAAGAUAUUGGCUUUGCAUACAUCAGUCUAAUGGAGAUAUUUCGGAAAGGGCAAGACGUCAUUGACCAAGACAUCAACAUUUUUGAUUCACCAGAUGGUGGAGCGGUAAUUGGGAAGCUCAAAGUAACAGUGGAAGCCCUCCAUGCUCUGCGCUCAGUCUAUGAGGAGGUCUGAAAAUGAGAGCCUGUGUCGACAGAUGUGCUUUCUCCCCGCAUAACCAACGCACAGGCUAGAUCUAGGAAAAGAGAGAGAGAGAUGCUACAGAAUAUUUAAUGUAUAAUUUAUAUGUGAAGGAUGCACAAUUUGCAGCUGUAAACUUUGUAUAUUUUCCUGUCUGUUUGGAUUUUCCUUUUUAUACAUUUCCCUCCCCAACACACACCCUUAAGGCUACAGCCCCUACCCCACAAUGGACACCAGCUUGUAAAUAAUUAAUACCUACAUGAUUGAAUGAUGUGCUUUAUUUGCAUUUUCAACAUGAUGUUUGCCUUAACAUAAAACAGUAAUAAAAAUGCAAGUCAAAUUUUUAAUUUUUAAUAAAAUAAAAAAACCUUAAGCCUUAGAAAACUGAUUAAAAAUACUUUUAUGUUAUCCCUAAUCACCCCACUAAAUGGAAUGCCUGCGAUUAGCCUCAUUAAGGAUUUUAUACUGUGAAGCUUUUAUUAGAAGCAAUAUAUGAAAAUUACUUGGAUUAAUGUGUUAAUCUGCCUCUUUAAAAUGCUAAUAUCCAUUUUAUGCACAUUAAAUCUCAGUAUGCGUUUUCUUUGAUGCAUGCCGUUUCUAUCAAUUAAAUAUAAAGAAGGAGACUGGU